UUUGCGGAUUUUCGUCAGGAAUUCAAUUCAGUACUUACAGAUCAGUAAAAUACAGUACUUUGUUAUUUCAUAUUGUAUCGAAAUUAUUUCAGUGAUAUUUACAGUAAAUUAAGGAAUAAGAACUUAGGACAAUUGCAUACGGGUAUCUACUUCGAACAUCUUAAUAUGGAAGCCUUGUAUCAUCAAACGAAUCGACUUUUACAAGAAACACAGCAGUGUUUCCAGGAUCUAUCCCUUAAAAAUCCAGAAACAGAAAAAGAAAUACAAGCAAGAAUAGAUCAAAUAACAAGUAACUGUGAGAAGUUGGAUAUUAUGGUUCACAAAGAACCGAUAUCCAGGAGGCAAAAUGCAAAGAUUCGAGUAGACCAGCUUAAAUAUGACAAUAAACAUCUUCAGGCUGCAUUACGAUCACACCAACAUGAAAUGUACAGACGACAGCAAGAAGAGCAAGAGAGAGAAGAACUGCUUAGUCGAAGGUUCACACACACAGAUCAUGAUACGUCAAUCAUCAUCGACUAUUCGGUUCAGCACAAUACAUCAUUACAGAAUGCUAAUCGAGGAGUAGAUGACAUGUUACGUUCCGGAAGUGGGAUCUUGGAUAGCCUAAGAGAUCAGAGAAACACAAUAAAAGGAGCACAUCGUAAGAUUUUGGACAUAGCCAGCACAUUAGGUCUGUCGAAUACGACAAUGCGGUUGAUAGAACGACGUGCUCGAGAAGACAAGUACAUUUUAUUUGGUGGUAUGGUGGUGACUCUGUUAGUGGUGAUACUUGUCAUCAUCUACCUUACCUGACCCAGAAAUUGGUAUAAAUCUGUAUUGCUGUCAUUAACCUUACGUUCGCCCAGAUCAUAUUUAUUCAUACAGUUACCAAUAAUUUGAUUUUCAUUCUCUGGGUUAAGGCAUGAUCACCUAUUUUAAGUCCGUGUGAGAAAUUUGGAAAUAAAUUGAAUGUUUGUUAUAUUUUUGAA